AUGGCGACCUCGGGAGGGAUGGAUGCGGAAUACAUUGGGAAAUAUAUCAAGAUUGUGAAGGAUUCGCUCGCGGUGAGUCAUACGAACGUAAGCUUAUAUCGUUGUGAUGAAAAUACAGUUAAAGAAAACCCGUGACGACGUACAGCUGUUGAUAAUAGACCCAGCAUAGCCUGUACUAUCUGAUCAUCUUCAAGUAGGUACCUCAGCCUCAAUUUCAGAUCAGACGAUUACUUCAAGUCGUUUUUCUCCCUCAAGGCUCGAAGUAAUAGUCUGAAAUCAGGCUAGUAUGUGCUAGGUUUUACUGUUAAUUCUCUUUUACAAUUGCAUUAUUUUUCUCAAGGAACUGUAUAUGAAUAGAUUAUUUGACUUUUUCUUGUUUUAUCCCGGAAGCUUAUUACUCUCACUCCUCUCAUCACCUCACCAAACUUCUGUGAUUUCCUUUUGGGAUUCAAGAAAUAACUUUCUUCUGUUCAUAUAUUUCACACUGUUAUGCGAGAGACCAAAUGUUUUGAAUUUAAUGCUAAUGCUGUGGUUUUUCUCGAUUUAAAAAAGGCAUUUGACACUGUUGAUCAUGAUAUCCUUUUAUCUAAAAUGAACUUUUACGGAAUACAAGGAACAGCUUUUGAUUGGUUUACGUCGUAUUUAUCUAAUGGUACACCACAAUGUCUCGUUAAUGGUUCUCUUUUGAGAAUCUGUUCACUUAAAUGCAGGGUACCGCAGUGCUUAUUUAUUUUUUAGAGGGGCUCAUACACAGAAGGAAGUUUGAGUUUCAAAAUCGGCUAGGCUUAUAUUUGAAGGGAAAUUUGCAUCUCAAAAUCGAUUGGACUAGCUUAUAGUUGCAGUUACUCGCCUUGAGGAUGUAGAGAGGGGCGAUUUCACAGAGGGUUUUUUGUGUUUCGAGUUUGGGGGGCUUGCAUUUGGAGGGGCUUAUACAUGGAGGGGCUUACAGAUUGUUUCAGAAUUUUAUGGUAUUGAAAUUUCAGACAACAACCUCCUUCUUAAACUUCUGAGACACAGAACACCCUCACUUAGCCAUUCUUUCUUAAUGUUUUGAAAAAUAUAUCUAUACAGAAAGUGAUGAAAUCAGCAAAUGAUGCUAUAAAUCAAAAUGCAGAAGUUGAUCUUCGAAUGUAAGUGUAUUAAUUUUUAAGUUUAAACAACAUAUAGUUCUAAACAGUGGUUGCCUGAUAAGGAUGUUGAAAGAAAAGAAUAACACAACAAUAAUUCUGGUAACAUUACCUGUUUCAGCAGAAACUUCUACCUCUAUUUUUUUAUUUAAGUUAAUUUUUGGUUUUCUUUUGUUUGAAAUUUAUUAGCAUACAUUACCAGACCCAAAAACAAAGAAAAAACAAAAAUUAACUGCAACAUACAUGAUUAUAAUACCAAGAAAAUAAUAUAUUUGCAAUAAUAGCAAUAGGAAGAAUGUAAAAUUUUAGACACCACCUCAAUAUAUUUUACUGUACAAUGGAUUUAUUGAUCAAGGGAGGACUUUUUCUCAAAAAACGCUGAUGAAUGGCUUCAUCAACAAUGUAACUUCUGUUACAAAUACACUACAAGAAAAAGAAAAGCAAAAAUUUUAUUCAAACUCAAUUGUCAAUGAUAAACAUAUAAUUUUCCCACCCCUAAAUAGCUAAGUAACUAAUCGAUCCAUACAGACAUGUAACCUUUAUUUCACCUCAAAUUUUAGAGAAGAGCGGCUGGUAAUUGAGCUCACUUCAAGCUUAUAUUUCCAUUGCCUGAGAAAACAGCCAACAUUUUGUGACACCACCAUGGCUGUUUCCUUCCAAAAUAAUGUCUGAGGAAACAGAUCUGGGAUCAACAAAAAUUUUAUGUUAGCUGUUUUCUUAGGCUUAUAUUUCCAAGAUAUAAAUUAAGAUCUCAAAACUGGUGUUUAUAAUAGAAAUUCACAGUACAUGUAACUGGUCAAAAGUAUCAACAAUAUUAUUAUUCUUAUUAUUAACCUUGUUUUGUUCUAUCAGAAUUAGUGGGUUUUGUUAUAUUCUCCCUUGUAAGGGGAGAGGAUACUAACUGUCAAACCAACAAGACCAUGAACAGUGUCUUGAAAUAUUUCAGGAGUGUUUAUUGUAUUACGACCAAUCAUGGCAAAGAUCAGGACACACUAUUAAACUAGCCACGAAAGUACAAACAAAUUAACGUUCUUGCUUGCAGUUUAGUUUCUCACGCUUGAUGGUCUUUUUUCUUGCCACACAAUAACAUUCCACAUAUAUUUCUGAUGUUCACGGUUUUGUCGGUCUGACAGUAAGUAUUACACAUGUAUAAAAAUAACUGACCUAUUUUUUUGUUUCAGGAAAUCAACCACUCAAUCAGAGGGUACAAGCAACAAACUUGAGAAACAUUUGGAAGAUUUUUACACUGCAUGUGACCAGCUGCAACUUUAUUUGGUAAUUAACACAUUUUCAUAAUGUUAUUUGUCUCCAUCUUACAUGUGCGUCUUAAGAGUACAAAUACAGCGUAGCCAGAAAUUUGUCCUCAUUUCUGCUUUUUGUUAGUGGUGCAUGUAUUUUAACCAAGAGUAUCACCAGAUUGAGGUUUAUAGCUGUGUAAAGCAUGACAAUCUGUGCCAGAGAGAACUGCUCUUUAGUUCCACUGCAAGGCAGGUAGCACUGGAAUGAAAUAGCAAUGAGGAAUUGAACAUUAGACAAAACCAGAUGAGGUGUAAACAUUUAAUCUAACAAUAUUAUUUUUAUUUACCCAUUCACCCCUGAGCCGCUUGUAAGCGCCUGUGUGGAUCCACGUCCCUUCUACCACUUGUGAAAUUAUCAGUUUUAACAAUCAAGGACAACUUUGUCCGCUUACUUCUGCAGCAUAUAGAGAUAUUUCACACCAUUAUAUUGCUAUUUCAAAUAAACAUUUUUUUCUGUGAUGUGAAUUUUUUAUACGAGCAUUUAAUUUUGCGAGGAUUUAUUUUUGCAGGUCUUUAUUUUCUUUAUUUUUUUGAAAUCAUAAAAAACAUGAAAUUAAAGACCCAUUAAAUUGAGUACUAUUAAUAAGUAGCUGUGUUUUCAUGUCAUGAUAUUAUUAUCUAAAGAAAGAACAUGAUAUCUUUAUUGCUAAGUUGACCAUUGUUAAAGGAGUCUGAUUUUCUUUUCUUUAGGAAAUAAUGAGAGAAACAGAAAAUCAAACACAGCUCAGCAUGAAGUACACACCUAAACCUGUCUCCAACAGCAAAACAGAAAAUGUAACAGGCACGCAGACAUACACUGAGUAUUUGUCUACUGUAAGGACACAGAUUGCUGCCGCUAAAGAACUGCAAGAUUUGUUGUCAGAUUUCUGCCUGGCUCAGUUGUCAUAG